AUGUCCAAGGGAAAAGCAAACCAAACUCAUUAUGACAAAUUGAUGGGGAUUUUUACAGGAUAUAAUGAUGUCUUCAAUGCUUUGUACAGGCUGAAAACAAAUGACGAAGAAAAAUUAAACGCAAUUUACAAAAAAAUCGAACAAAACCUGAUCAACUCUUAUCGAAUUCCGCCUGGAGAAAUUAUCAAUAAAAUAUCUCAACUUUCAAUUUAUAACAACCGCUACAUGAAGUCAUAUUUAGCGAUUGCCAAACAAAUUGUUGACGAAUACCAUCUAAAUCAGGUCAACAAAAUCAACAUGGUUUUUAAUUACCUUUUCUACAAAGAAUACAAUAUUGUAUUGAAUGAAAACGGGCAAAAAAGUUUUAACAAUUUUGAAGAUGCUCAUUAUUCAUCUGAUAUUCACGAACAAAAAACAAUUCACAGAUCUAUUAUGGAUGAUGACAAAAUAUCAUUUAUAAAUUUUACAGAAGGAGAAGGAUUUGAUAAAAAUCAAAAAUUAAAAAGUGAUUUAUAUCCAUAUUCAAGAGGAGGUUUUUCGUUACUUGAAUUAUGUUGUUAUCAUGGAUCUGUUGAUUGUUUUAAGUUUUUAAUAACGAAAUUUCAAUCAGAAAUCACUCCAAAUUGUCUUAGAUAUUCGUUUUUGGGUGGAAAUCAAGCCAUUCUGAAUGAAUGCUUGAAAGUACAUAAGCCAGAUAAUGAAUGCAUGGAAUAUGCAAUAAUAUCACACAAUAUCGAUUUUGUUACAUUUUUGAUGAAUGAACACAAUAUAAAAAUUGAUAUAGAAUUGUGCUUUAAAUACAAUAAUCUUCAAUCAUUUUUAGUUUACUUGGAUCAAACAAAUGACAUCAACACAUGUUUUGUUUAUUCUCCGAAUUUCCAUCUUUCAUCACUUUUAGAAUAUUUUAUUUCAAAUGGUGCAGAUAUCAAUUCUAAUGACGAAUAUGGAUGUACCCCUCUUCAUUAUACAGCCAUGAAUAAUAGUAAAGAAAUCGCAGAAAUUCUUAUUUCAAAUGGUGCAGAUAUCAAUGCUGAAGAUGAAUAUGGAUGUACCUCUCUUCAUUAUGCAGCUAGAGAUAAUAGUAAAGAAACCGCAGAAAUUCUUAUUUCAAAUGGUGCAAAUAUCAAUGCUAAAAACAAAGAUGGAUCUACCCCUCUUUAUAUAGCAUCCAGGCGUAAUUACAAAGAAAUAGUAGAAAUCUUUAAUUUAAACAAGACAAAAUAA